CUGAUGGAAAAACCGUGUAUAAAUUAAUUAAGUUAUCCUAUCCUAUCCUAUCCUAUCCCAUCCUAUCCUUGAGGAGUCUCGAAGGGGGUCCUAAGGGGGACCCCAGAAGAGGGUCCAGAAGGGGUCCAGAGGGGGGUCUAAAGGGGGGUCCAGAGGGGUCUACGUUUUGUACCGUCCCCUCCCCCCAUGUUUGCAUUAAUUAUGUGAAAUGAAUCAUCUUUUUUGCAGAGACCAUCUCUACAUAGCAAGAGAAAUUGUUUUCUGAAGAUGUUCGGGCGUGAUCUAAAUAUUAUUAGACGUAAUAGUUUUUCAUUCCUUAGUACUUGAUGAACCAGCAAGAACGAGUAAAAAUUUUCAAUUAAAUUAGUAAAGAAUUCUUAGUUUAUGUCGCUCCUGUGUUCAACAAGGAGAUUAAACCUCGUUCCCAGGAUCCCUCCCUUUUUCAUCACAGCGAACACGUCCAGCGGUCACUGACAUUUAUUGAUUGCCCAAAUCGCCCAAUCAUUGGUCGCAGCUGAGCGGUGUGCCGAAGAGCGCAGUUUGGCUCGUUCAUUUAAAAGUCCGUAGGAAAAUUGUUACGAAGGCAUCAGAUGCAUAAUGAUUCUUCUUUUCGUAGUUUGUUUUCUGGUGGAGCUACAAACGGCAGCAAUCCAGAUUGACGCAAAUCAAAGCGCUACUAUUCUUGUGGGAGAUCGACGUAACUCAACUAGAUGCGUUUCAGUUGCACAUGUCAACACCACCGAAGGCAGAGUAGUCAAACUGCAGUGGUCAUUUUCUAAAGCUUCUCUAGGUCAAGAGUUGCGUGUUCUUCGCCUGGAAAUAAAUUCAGUUUAUAUUGCAUUCAUGCCAAAAAAAUCCUUGGAAAUGACUUGCAUUAAGAGUACGUUUAUAAAAGAUAUCAUUUGGAAGGAGUUCUGCCCCAAAAGAAUGAAAUUCAAGAGUAACCAGACACAUCUGUCGGUUGAAAUAAGAAACCUUCCAAGGGGCAGCAGUGGUUGGACGUUCAAUUUAAACUAUCAGUUUCAAACAUAUGACUUCACCUGUCCUUAUCAAGACAUAAUAAUCCUUACAGUGUUGCCAUUCGCAAGUACUAAUAUGUCAAUACAGGAAACCAUUCAGAAAAAAUAUUCAACUACUGUGGGAGCAGUUGUGCCCUCUUUGGUAGUAUUGAGUACUGUAUCAGCAAGUGCCCAUAAAACUGUCACGCCACCAAUUUCAGGUACACCAACAUUUAUAAGCCCUAAGAUAUCUCCAGGAUUUCACAAGACUGUUGGACCCUCAAACACAGUUGUUCCGUCUACAGUAUAUAUUGCAUCUGCAAAUGAUCAAAACACUGUGGAGCCACCAACUACAGUCGACACUCUGUCGCCAGAUGUUCAAGGCAUAUCUGACAACCCACCAAUCAGAGACAACGGGGUCUCUGCGGCAUUUAUUGUGGUUCCCAUGCUGCUUUUAGUAGCAUUGAGGUUCAUAAUUACUGGAUUAUCUCGCCAAGAAAGGAUAGCAAGAUAUUUGAACAGUUUAGUUAGUUAACCAACAAGAGUGAAGGAUUUUAUUCGAUGAGAGAUGUGCCCACCUUAAGCCAAUUUAAGCGUGGUAUCAAGAAAGGCCUAUGUUCUCCCUCAUCUUGAGUACUGCAGUCCCCUUUUACUGGGAGUAGGUAACGCGGAGACUACUAAAAUAGAGACAACUAAUUACUUUAUAUUAAGAACUAUAUUAGGCUUCUCGAAGUCUGUGUCAUACGACUUCCUUCUCAAGUUGGCCGACAUUAAGUCAUUGGAGAAUCGUAGGCAAUUCCAAUUGUUAGGAAUGCGCUACCCCCUAGAAUCAGAGAAUCUCAAGAUAUUGUUUCAUUCAAGCGUUCUCUUCAAGCCCACAUGGCUUAGUGGUAGUGAUUGUAAA